CAAAUUAAAUAAAAAAAAAAAGUAAAACUAAAGGGGAAAACAAACCAACAUCUUUAUUUAGGAGUUAAAAAUACGUUUGAACUUAUGAACUUACCACAAUUUAGAUUCAUGAAUGUGUUUUUAUAUAAUGAACAUAUGUAAUUAUUAUUAUUAUUUAUGUUCUUAAUCUGUGCGACUUCAAAAUAUUUGAGAGGAAACAACAAAGCCUCCCAUGUCCUUAAAGCCUAGUGACGCCCCUGCGUCACAGCAAAAGUUCAUUUGAGCAUCUUUAUUUACACACAGUCCAUUUAUUAAAUGUCUCUCUCUCUGUUUCGCUGGUGUUCUUGGUCCCAGGAAUCCUGUCGGAGUGAGUCCUCUGUCCUCUCCGUCUCUUAGUAACGCUCACCUGCAGAAACACACCGGGACUCUUGGAGCUGUCACCGACCGACGGACCGACUCCUUGUCCGGCCCAGAGACACGGAACCCCCGCAGACACCCCCCUCCCCGCCUCCCCCAGUGCCCCGUGGUCUCCCGGCCAUCCGGUCUGCCGGCCACGGUCUCCGACCCCUCGGCCCCCUUUCUGCUACGAUCAAAGCUGAUAAACCGAUUCCCGGAUCAGUCGGUUCCCGCGUCUCCCGGUGGAUCAGAACCGGCGCGUGGCCUAUGGCGGCAUCAGCAAACGAUGACAUCAGCGCGUGACAGCCGCGAUCUUCCUCAGAGCUGAUCGAUCAUCUAUCAGUCCUGCAGGAUGCUGCCGGCCUCCAUCCAGAUCACUGGGGAGCUUCUGUCUGGGGCCGAGGUCCAGGACAUCUGUGAGAGUCUGAAGGAAGACGGCGUCCGGCUGCUUUCUGUCCGCGGCUGCCAGCUUUCUGACCGAGACUUUGGACGCGUCUGCCGGGGCGUCGCUGAGACGCGAUCGCUCGCUCAGCUCAACCUCAACCUUGGGGUGGUCUCCAGCAUCAGCCGGACCCGGAACCUGGCCGAGGCCCUCACGGCCAACAGGUCCCUGCAGACCCUGUUUCUCCAUGGCAGCCCCCUCCUGGACGCCGGCUUGGUGGCCCUGAACCCGGCGCUGUCCACCCACCCAACUCUGGUGAGUCUGGACCUGGGGGACUGCAUGCUGGGAGACGAGGCGCUGGGUCUGAUCUGUGGGAUGCUGCCACCAGAUGGAGCCAAGUCAGGUCUGAGAGAACUCACCCUGAGUGCUAACCCAGGAAUCACCUCCAAAGGCUGGGCUCGACUCUCCAUCGCAGUGGCUCACAGCUCACAGCUCCGAGUUCUCAAUCUGGACUACAACCCCCUGGGUGACCAUAUUGCCGGGAUGCUGGCAGUUGCAGUGGCGUCCAGCCGGACCCUGGAGGUUCUGGACUUGGAAGGAACUGGACUGACCAACCAGUCAGCACAGGUGUUCUUGGACAUGGUGCAGAACUACCCCACCAGCCUGAGGGCUCUGGUUCUGGCGGAGAACGAGAUUGGACCCGAGCUACAGCAGCAGAUCAGUGACCUCCUGUCUGAAGGGGAGGAGGAUGAUGACAGAGAGGCCCCGCCCCCGUUCACAGGCCACGCCCCCAGCAGUGCUCUACAGCCAAUCAGAGACAAGUACCAGACCCCCAUCUGGCUCCCCCACAGCAACUCCAGCCCUCAGAUGGUCUUGCUGACGUCAGGUCUAGGUGAGAGCUUAUUGGCUGAGACUGAGCUGUGACUCCUCCCACAGACACACCCACUUCCUGUUACGCUGCCGGUGUGAAUGUUUGUUUCUCAGAUCACCUGAUGGCCGGCAGGAAAUCACACGCUCCGUUUGAUGUAGCACCUGUACAUAGACCAGUUUCUGAUGAAUGUACUGAUGUUGAUUGGUUCGCUGCUCUGAUGUCACAAUAAAACCGUUUACAGCUUCAUAAGAA